UCCAAUCACUUUUUGUUUAAGGUUCGCAGCUACCAGAGGUUACCGGGUGACUCGCAGGGAUUUUCUCAAAGUUAAUGUAGACUUAACCUGCAGAGACAUUUUGGAUUAUGUGAUGGCACAAGUUCCGGCGCCGCUGCCCAACCAGCCCAAUCCUCGCUUCUCCCUCUACCUGUCGUCGCAGCUGCAGUAUGGAGUGGUGGUGGUCUACCACAAACAGUGUGGCUAUCUGCUGGAGGAGACUCAACACAUCGUCAACCGCCUGCUGCGCACCAAAACUGGCCUGCAGAUCGACAUGGCUGAAGCUGACAGGAUGACCUUUGACCUCGCCGAUGGCCUGAACCUGAUGGAGGAAGCAGAGGGAGCUCAUGACCCUUUCUUUGGUCUCAUGAAGUCCCCGCAGCUUCCCAGCCCCAAUAAAAUGCAACAGGUGGAGUGUAUCAGCAUGGGUUCGGAGGUGUUGCCCUUCGUCGAGUUGAGUCUCAAAGAAGACGGUUUCGUCUCGCCUCCGGCCUCCAUCACCAUGACGGAGAAGGAGCCGGUCGUCCUGAACGCUGCUGAGUGUUUCGAGGGAGAUGACCUUCCYGAACCCACGGCCGCAGACAUCGACUUCCUGAUAGAUCAGCCUGAUCAGUUUCACCCAGCUCCUGAAGUAGAAGUGGACAGGAAGCAGAGCGGGGACAGGACCAGCGACCAGGAGGACAUGUCUUCUAUCAGACCUUUGAAGGAGACAAAGCUGGGGACGGACUGGGACAGCGAGUGGCUGCUGGACCAGCAGGACACUGGGGCUGCUGUGGAGAAGACGCCUCCUCGCCAGGUGCUGUCGAGYGAGGUGGUCGUAGAGCAGCCUGCAGGAAGUCCCAGUGAGGAGGUUGUCCCUCCUGUGAGGAAGAGGCAGCCAGGAAGACGUGGACGUCAGCUGGUCUUCGCGGACGUGACGACUCAGAUCUCAGACGAAGCCAUGCAGGAGCAGAUCAGAAACCCGCUGAUCCAGACGCAGGAGCUGAAUAAAGUGCUGGUGGACCUUAAGAAGCUGACCAUGGAGGCCUCCCCUGCUCAGCUCUACGGCGCCCCCUGCUGUAAAUCUCUCACCCAGGUUGAUCUCCUSUCUCUGUGGAAACAACUAGCCUCCAUCGACAAGCUGCAGAGAAGCGAGGAGACGCCAGGAGGGCAGGACAUGGAGAUGCCACUCAACGAGUCCGGACUGCAGUCCUCCGAGGGUUCCACUGUGUCGGACCUGGUGCUGGACCGGUCCAAAGGGGACCGGAGCGACUUGAUGAUCCCUGUCAACAGGAGGUCUCCUCAGGACAUCCAGCCCCCGAUGGAGCCGAUCCUGGAGGAGCCCAUCGACCUGCCGGAGGCUCCGUCAGACAUGGAGGACAGGAACAGCUGGGUCACCUCCACCCUGCAGCUGCGCCACGAGGUGACCUUCGGCUCGGUGCUGCCCCCGGAGGCCGACCGCUUCACUGCGGCUCAGAAGUUCCACAAACUGCUGGAGCUGCUGACAGCCAAGCAGCUGGCCGCUCAUCAGACCGAACCGUACGAUGACAUCAUCAUUACUCCAGGAGGCGGGCUCAAGAUGGACGACUGAGCACGGCCAACYUGUUUUACUGUUCGAGUUCAAAUGAAUAUUUUACCUUUUUUUUUUACUAACAUUUGUAGUUUUAAACCGUUUUUAAAAAUACACAAUUAUUGAUCCCUGUAUUAUUUUAACACGUUUUAAGAUUGAAGUGUUUUAAGUUUGUUUUUAAG